AUGGAUCCCAAAAAUCACCCCGCUAUUACCGUCACCAACAUCAAAGCCCAUAUCCCGGUAACCCUCGAACUGGAGACGAGUCAAUAUGCUACUUGGGCAAAGUUAUUCAAGAUCCAUUGCUGUGUUUAUCAGGUCGUUGAUCACCUAUCUCCUCGCAAAGAGACCGAUAAAGAUAAAGAAAAGGAUUCAGCCGGAUCUACAUCGGAUGACAACUGGGAUCGUCUCGAUGCCAUAGUCCUUCAGUGGAUCUAUGGCACCAUCUCUAGUGACCUCCUGAGCACCAUCAUACGUCCCGAUUCCACAGCGGCUUAUGCAUGGACGGCUAUUAAAAGUAUAUUCCAUGACAAUUAA